GGCCCAAAGGAGGCCAUUUCAGCCAAGCUCGAUAAGUACACAGAACAGGAGCAAACGGGUGUGGGGUUAUGAAUGACGUUGGAGGGAAACUGCUGAUAGGACAGGCUAAACUUGUUCAUCUCUCAGGAUCCACUGAUAUGCUACCGACAACCUCUUGGGUAGUGUACAAAUGUCUUAGCCGUUCAGAUGAGUGGACUUCUCCCGUCAAUCCAUCCCAACAAUCUAUCCCUUAUUUUCCUGGAAAAACCGUUUGGGAUACUCACGGAUCCUGACUGGAAGCAUCGGGAACCAGAGGUUAAUAUCUUCUCAAUUCGGUGAGCGUUGAUGCUCUUCCUCCAAAUGCCAGAGUUGGAGGCCUGACUAAUGAUGGAAUAGAUGAGAUUUGGGGCUCAGACCCCCACAGUACCUUGCAUGCCGGACGGCAGGGGACGGGAGCAUCAGCCAGGGCGGGUUGGGACACCCACGCCAUAUCCCAAGACACUCGCAAACACCGAGACUACAGUAGCGAGAAGCCGUGGGGAGGUAAGGCUAUGGCACAUUCUCUCGGAACCGCGAAACUAGGCAGAAGCAGGGAAUAUUGCACUCGCGCCGCACUUACCUCCAGUGCCUCGCGGCAGCAAAGCCCCAACCAUGAAUGUGGUCAUGGCUCAGGUCGCGUUAAGGCAAUGGUCAUGCAUCAAUUCCACGUGGGAAUAUUUUGAGCCUCCUGAAUAUCCAGGGGGAAGGAAUAGCUCCCCCCCAGAAACGAUAUAUCUGCUUACUAUGGGCGGGCCGAAGUUACGCAUAAUAAACAUAUCGCUUGACCUAAAGCACCCUAAACGCCCGGGAUACCUAUGAUCAAUUGAACCCCUUUAGGGCCUCACUUUUGGUUUGCAUUAACGAGGAGGUGCGAGUGAAUUUCCUCUACUUGUUUUUAACCUUUUGAAUUUCUGGCAACUUAACGCGAUGUUGAUUAUCAUUGCGCCGAACUUCGCAUUGACAAAUCAACGAAACCAACCCAAAUAGACUCACUGCAUCCGAAAAGCGAGUUCCCGCUCCGGGAUGCGCAACUGAGCCAAGUGGCCAAUUGGCGGAAGCGACAAGCAGGGGCCGAGCAUCCGAAUUCUCCGAACACAACAAAGCGGGUCUUCUCGCCGGAGGAGGCUCUUUCUGAUCGACGAGAAGUUACCAAGGGGUAUGGAUAGGGAGUGGCUCCGUCUAUAAUGUGACUUUAGGCAUUCUCUUAUAGAAACCCACUCAUGGCUCCAACCAAUACCUCACAGUGCCUUUGGUCUGCCAGCUCACUCCAGCCCAAGCAGCCUUUCGGUAUUGAGGUUCCCCUUCAAGAAAAGAGAGAUGAACACUCCACUCAAGUCUUCUGUCCCCAGAUAUAUGGAGGUGAGUGCCUUCCUGGCUGCGAUCUAGCUUUGGAAUGCUGGCACGCAUAAUUAACUCGGAAUCAAGGGAAAUAUCAAUGCUGGAAUAUUGAGGCUCCCCGAGUUAGCCUUUCAGCAUGUCUUUGGAUAUCUCGAGACUCGGGCCCCCGUUCGGAAGCCGGGGCGUCAAUACCUCCACGACUUCUUCGAAAGCCACCAGAUCAUCGAAUCUGACCCCCGGGACCUGUUCAAUUUGAUUUGUACUUGCCGGACGAUCUAUAAAGCUUACAGGAAGAUGAGACGAAGCGAUCAAAUUCUUGACCAGUUUUAUAUUGAGAUCCCGAGACCUCCUCGGCUCGAGCCACAACUUGUGCGCAUGACUGGUCCGGGGAAACUUCAGACUUUUGUCGCAAAUCCGAAGAGACAACGUCCCUUUGAGCUCUACCGUCAAAAACCCCCUCAGCCGUCAUGGGUAAUACGUUCGAGGCAGGCCGGAAGCCUAGGACAACUAGACGAAGACCGGGAUGCUCUAGCGGAUAUCCUUGGCCAGCAUUGUGUAAAAUGGGUCUCUACAUUUGUCACCUGCCCCGUGCUCUCCGAGGGAGAGCAGUCAUUUCCUCUCGACCGGGCAACUCAACAAUUAGUGGACUUCCGGCAGAACUUUCUCGGAGUCCUGAACUUCCAUCAAUACGAAAACCCUAUCCGGUUUAUGGAUAACGAAGGUCAGACUCCCGGGGGCUUUGAGCAUGUCGGCUUCUGGGCUAUGAUAUGUCAUUGCAAGAUGGGAGGGUUCUUGGUCCUGCACAGUUCCGGCGGAUCAGUUUGGGACCGAAACAUCGUGUGUCCUCGAAUUGCUCUAGUGACGGGCUCAUAGUGCGUAACGCUCUAAACCCUCCUUUGUUUAGCCCAAUUUCUACCUUGUUUCCUUCCUUCAUUGCGUACCUUGGGCGGACCCUUUGUGAAACGUGUAUCUUUUAACUCUCGCUUCGGGCGAAGAUCCCUCGUGGUUCCCCUGAAAACUUAUGGAGCGAAUUUCGCUAAUUUGAUAUUUUGUCAACAGCCCCCACGCGAGGCGUACUUUUGAGCAAGCGUUGGCUUCUGCCUACUUUGAGGCGGAGGCUAGUCAUGGAGGUUGAUGGUGGGGUGAUGGUGGAGGCGAAGACCCCGUAGGGCUAGGGGGAAGGGGAAAUGUGAUGGAAAGCAUGUUUGCUAUUGCGAUGUUCGUGGUAAUGAUGUACAUUUUAAUCAACUGCCGAAUCAAUUCAGAAUUUUUUUU